AUGUUGUCUUUCUUCUAUGGAAUUUUGUUUUUACUGGCAUUUUAUUCUCAAAGUGAUGCGUUUCUCUUUACGCCAAAGCCUGUAUGCCAUUUAUUUGCAUCAGAAUGCCUAGACUGUGAAAUACCAGGAUUCUAUCCUUCUAUGUACUGUCCCAGAAUAAAAACCGGGGACAUGUGUUACAUCAAAGUGGUCCAUAAUGAUACGGGGAUAUUUACUAUUAAAGGAGCAGCAUCGACUUCAUUUUGUGAGGCUAACAAAUACAAGAAUAGCCUAUCAACCCCGUCAUGUAGGACUGGAAACCUCCCGAGAGGAACCGAGUGUAUCGAUUGCUGUAAACAAUACAGCUGUGACCCCCAAGACCUGUACUGUAACAAGAACAUCAUACAACCCGAACACAUGGCGUUUACUGUGACUACGAGAAGAACCACGCCCCCAACGACUGUGAGAAGCACUACUGCUACUACACCCCAGUCCACCGCCCCAUCUACCAGCACACGAUCCACCACUACUCUAUCAACAUCUACCCAAGCUCCAGGGCUUUGUCAAGUGUGUGCAGAGGGAAAUAGUCAGAACUGUGACGUAUCCAGCAUCUAUUACUGCAAUGAACGGGAAAAGUACUGUAUGAACACUAUUGUUCCCGAUCCUAAAGGGGGAUUGUUUGUACUCAAAAAGUGCGCAGAUGAGGUUGAAUGUAUAUGGAACUAUUGGGUGGACACUCUAGGAGAUCCUAAAUGUAACAAUGUAACAGGACCACAGGCCGACAAUGCCUGUAGCUAUUGUUGUGAUAACACAAACGGAAACCUGCCAUGCAAUCGGAAUACCAUACCGACACAACUGUCUACAUUCCAAAAUAGCCAAAAAGUGGAACAAUGUAUGACCGGGUCUUCCAUCAGUCAGUAUAAGUUGGAAACAUGCUCUUCCGUUGCCUCGUAUUGUCUGAAUACAGUAAGAUAUGAUACAACGGCAAAACAUCCGGAGGUGUAUGUUGAGAAAAGGUGUGCUUACGAGGCUGAAUGUAAAGGUCAAUGGUGGGAGAAAACUAGGAACAGACCGGAAUGUCUCACCCAAAAUUUCACAGGAAUUGCAGACAACAAUGUUAUCUGUACUUAUUGCUGUGUUUCUGAUGGUAGUGGCCCUUGUAAUGGCGCCUCGGUGCCGGAACAGAUCGCACACUUCGGGCCUGUUACCACUGCUAGUACUCAAACAACAGCUACCAUCUUAUCGACAACCGCACACGGUCAUGGGCACCACAACACGCACGUGCAAACAGACCACGGUCACCACCACACAGUGACCACCACCCAAACAACAACAGAGAAUACGACCACCACCCCCGCAACGAUAGUGUGUUCGGGCAAUACUUCGAUAGUAUGCGAAGACGACCCUCUGGCUCACUGUGCUACCCUAUUAUCAGUUGGAUUUUGCCAAAAGCUGCAGUACAACCCUGAUGGGGAGGAUGUCAAGUUUUGUCCGAAAACAUGUAACCUGUGUGACAAAUAUUGCGAGUAUGUUCUACCACCGACAACCACACCGACAGCCACACCGACAACCACACCUGCUCCAACAAUGCACGUCACAACAGCGAUGACAACAACAACACACCAAACGCCUGGUAAACCCUGUCCAUUUUGUGACGCCAAUAUUAACUGUGUGUGGAAUCAGACAUGCGCAGAUAGUGAGACGUGUAUGGUGAGAGCUGUUUUGGAAUCCGGCUUUCAGUUCUCCGUCCAUUGUACUUUAACCUCAGAUUGCCAUAUAAUGGCCAAAUACAUCAAAACCGGUGAGAUCUUCUGCUGUGACGAUCGAAGUUGCAUCCAAAAAGUUCUUCCCGGAGUGUGAUGCGUGUGAAAAAAUUUGUAAUUUUACAAAUGAACUACUUAUCUUGAGUUUUUAAAUCUGAUGAUUAAUUGUUGUUUAUGGUGUGGAUAAACUUGCAACAACCAAUAUCUAUGUAAGCCUGUAAAAUUUAUUACAUAUGAUACAAAAUAUAAAUAUAUGGCCUUGAACACCUAAAAAA